AUGUUCGGCAACGGUCUCUUCAACUGGUUCUCCUCCUCCAAGCAGGAGCCCACCAACGGCGCUACAUGGGACGCGACCACCGCCUCCGUCCACAACCAGCAGCCCACCAGCCCCGAGGCGCCCUCCCCCGAGCGUGUCGUCACUGAGCAGCCCAACUCUCAGGAGAACAUGAAGCUGCGCGGUGGUGGUGCCGGCGACGUCUGCUGCGGCGUCUGCGCCGGUCUGCUCUGCUUCGAAUGCUGCGAGGACUGCUGCUAA